GAAGGGAGCACUGCGCCGGAUAACCAUCUGCUGCGCGUGCGAGUCCCGCGCCAUUUCUGGCUACCACGGCUGACACACGUGGCUUUGGUUCUCCUCUUGCAGAGUGUUUCAGGACAGCAGCCCGUGGCUGGGCGUCGCGAGACCCGUUUUCAGUGCGUUUCGUGGCCGGUUUAUGACGUGACAGCCACAGGGUGAUCUCGAGGCUGGUCGACGAGAGAUAUAUCAGCAACCCGAUCAGGCAUCAUCGCAUGGAUUCGGGUGCUCCCUGCGCGUGCUCGCAUCUCGAUCUUUUUCCAACUUUUCCUCCCUUCCAGCUCGAGUCGCUGGGCGGUUCAGCUGGCUGGAUGUUUCCUGCUUGUUGAAUUCUUCAAAGCUCGUUUGUUUGAGAGUGAAAACGGAGGAGGAUGGAUGUCGGGGCUGGAUAUUCUUUGCCGACUGCAGUAAUUUCUUUGAUACGAAGCCCUCCACGCCGCCACAAACCUCGCUCGCACCACCAUCCGUACCUGCGCUCCACUUCCGACGACCCCCAAAACUGCAAAGUCUGCCCCUCGAGCGAACGGAUGCCAGCAGACGGGAACGACAUGACCCCUCGGCAAAGAUUGCGCACUGCGGGGCCAGCUCGGCCCUCACUCCGGCCACUAACGAACUCCCUCCGCCGUUCGGACAUCCUGCCCCCCUUGUCCAUAGAACUGAAUUCCACGAAUGCGUCCCAGACCCCAAUCUUCUCGCCCUCGCCGCUCACCGCCAUCUCGACGAUCUCGACUGCCUCGUUCUUCUCCGCGCGCAGCGACUUGGACGACGAUCUGGACUCGGAAUUCCCCAGCCUCAAUCCGACGAGCCCGGAUGAAGAAACUGCACCCGACGCAGCGAUCCGGUCGCCAGUGGCGCACUGUCUCUCACCGUACACAUCCGCCCACCCCUCGCUCUCGGCUCUCACGCCGCACCUGGCCGUCGGCGACCUCGCGUUCGCAGAGAAUCCCGCGCUGCUGCUGAGUGCGGGGAUCACACAUGUUAUCAGCGUGUUUGGGGGUCGAGUGCACAUUCCCACUGAAGUCAUCCCGCCUGCGAACCAUCUCCACGUGUCGCUCGAGGACACGCCGUUUGCCGAACUGGUGGGUGCCAUGCGCCCGGUCGUCGACUGGGUCACGCAGAUCCUGCUCCAGGGCGGGGUCCUGCCGCACACCGAAAGCGCCGGCGCAGCAGUCCCGGUGCGGAUUCUCAUACAUUGCGCGCACGGGAUAUCCCGCAGCCCGGCCGUCGGGGCCGCCCUGCUCGUGGCGCUCCCGCUCAUCGAAAGUGUGGGCCCGCAGCCGAUGGGUGACAGCUCCGCACGGACAACACCGGACAUAGAGGAGCAAGAUCAAUUUCAAAGACCGAUUCGGCAACUGCUCGCGCGGGCGGGAUCGUCGCCGGACAACGGCCAGCAGUCGCGUCCACCUCGCCGAAAUGUGCCCCGUACGAUGUCCGCGCCGAACGCGCUUGCCUAUGUCGAAGCAUGCCGUCCCUCGGCAAAUGUCAACUGGGGUUUCCGGGCGCAGCUGACCGAAUGGGAAAUGCUGUGUCGCGAUAAAGGGUGAUUAAUAACUUUCUGGGAAGUUUUUAUGUAGUAUUAUCGGACCCUCUUCCUUUGGUAGGGCGUAUAUAAGUCAUAGUGUCGUCUGCGGGGAUUGUAUUUUGUAAAUAAGCAUGUAUCACUUGUUUUUCAGAAUUGUUGCGAAAUAAUAGAUAUCGGUUGAAUCAG